AUGACGCUUGCCGAUGACCAAGCGACCGCUGAGAUGGUCACCCCCGCGUUACAGCACGAUCCAAUACCUUCAACGGCCAUCAUUCAGCAGAGUGGCAUCGAAGAUGAGGAAGUUGGCGAGAGUGUCGACGCGCGUGUCAUUUCUUCGGUUCAUUCGGUCCGAGAAAUAGACGUUCUGCCUGCUUUACAAGCGUUUGUGGAUGCUUCCACGCAGACGGAUGCGAAUGUGGAAAGCGCUUACUUGAAAGAAGACAUUUUCUGUCUCGCCGGUGACCACAGUGGUAAGGAAGCGGAAAAGAAGGCGACUCAGGCGUCUAAAUCAGACCUCGCCUUACACGAGUGA